AUGUCAUAUCGAUCUGGGGAAAGACUCCAACAACCUCAAUCCCCUAUAUCUCAUCAGACACGUUAUGACUCUGAAUUUCAAAGUGAAAGAUCAAGUAUAUCCCUCAGAUCUCAUUUCGAUUUGGUGGAACCAGCCAUACGCCUUCCGCUUACCUCAAAAGCAUUACAAGAAAUAUCUUUCACAGCUUGUCCCUCAAGUCGAUCUUCAGAGAAAUCGUGUUCCGAAUCGGAUGUCACUGAGAAACCGCACACACAAUCGAUAAAAUCAUUAGGUAUCAGAAAAAUAGACAGUUGGAAACCGCCUGACAGCCAUACCAAUUCCAAAGACAAUAUCUCAUCAGUAGGAUCCCAAUUUGAAAUCUUCAAACCUAGCGAAGCCCCAGGCGAAGAUAAUUUACGAUGUACUACGCAGUCACAAGAGAAAUAUGCGAAAGGAAGAGAAGUGUUUUUUCCAGCUGAUAAGCAAGAUUAUAUAAGUCAGUGGAAAUCCUCGUUUCCCAGCCAAAUCCCACCAAAGUUCCAUCACGACAGACAGUGUCACUCCUCGGAUGAUACUCUGAUAGGACGCGGUAAUGAUCUUCAGAGUGAAAUCGUUGAUUUGAAAGAUCAAAUAGGAUAUAUGAAGCGAUUCAUAUCACUCCUAGUCUCCUCUCCCUCGUAUACAUCAAUCGUUCGCUGUCCUUCUCGUCUAUGUGGCUUAUUCUCGCCUUCUCCUCAAUUCUUCUCCGCAUUGGCCGAAUUAUCUUUUGUAAUCGGUACAAGAAAAUCAUUCGAAUGGGUACAUGAUCCUUCAUUACUUGACGAAGCUAUCUCAAGAUGUUUGACGAUACUCUUGAGAAUCUAUGAUGAUACCUACUCCCUUCUCGAGGGCGAAGGACUGGAAGGAAGAGGGAGGAGGAUGGAAUUGAUCAGACCACCAGAUGUACUUUGGAUACUUGUCCAUACCUGUGACCAUCACAUACUCGAUUCUUUAGAAAGGGUAUUGGAGAUCAUUAAGAUUUCGACCAAGAGGAUGACCCAGAGAUGGAUCAUACUUACAAUUUUGCUCUAUACGAUCAGGUCCGAUGAUCAGAUUGACGAGAAUCACUAUCACAGUAGAAGAAGAAGGGCGAGGGACGGUGAAGGGUUUAAAGGAUGGGCGAAAAGGCAGGCUUUGCUUUUCGCUAGGAAUUUCUGGACGCUGGAUGAUUGUCCUGUCCAUUCGAAGAUUACAAGGAAUAGGACCGGUGAAAAUCUAGGAUGGUACCAGCAUGGCAUAGUGGAAUACGAUGAUCAUGAAGAUCGGAAGGAUAUGAAGAGGAUCAGUGCGGAUGAGAUACGACGAAUCAUCAAUGAAGCAAGGUUGGGAGAUGAUAAUGGUCGGUAUUCAGAUCGUAAGACGAACAAGAGGAAGCUCAUCACUUAUGAAGAUCUAUAUGCUGUGGAAAGUGACAUCUUUGAGAAGAGUGAGGAUGGAGAUAAUCAUACAAAUAAGAGAGUCAGGAGAUAA